AUGGCGGGACAAGAGGAUGAUGUUUUGUUUCGUGAGUUCGGAAAUCCGGAGGAUUAUAAGCUCACGGGAGGGAUUUUGCUACCCGUCACAGAAACCAACUUCACAAUUCAUCCCCAAUAUAUAAGAAUGGUUCAAUCGGAGCAAUUUUCGGGUUUUCCAAGUGAAGACCCCAUAGAGCACCUUGAUAGAUUCCUUGAGCUAUGUGCCAUGAUUCAAUCUAAUCAAGUUUCUCAAGAGUCGGGAACUUCCUAUGAUGGUCCAAAUGAGGGGGAUAGUGAGGAAAAGAAGGGAGGAGAAGAGAGUGUGAAUGAAGACAAGAGAGGUGAGAAGGAAAAGGUUCAUGAGGUAGAAGGAAGUUCGGAGAAGAUGAAGCUUGACAAUGAGGAGACAACUUCAAUUCCUAGCGAGACUAGGAACCUUGAUGGACCGGUUCCUUUUCCAAGUAGACUUGCGGAGAGGAAAUUGAAUGACAAGUUUGCGAAGUUCCUAAGUGUGAUGAAGAAUUUGCACAUUAAUCUCCCUUUUAUUGAAGUUGUGACACAAAUGCCAUCUUACUCCAAGUUCCUCAAGGACAUCCUCACCAACAAAAGGAAGCUCAAUGAUGAGCUUAUCACCCUUCCACAUCAAGUGAAUUCUCUUGCUCAACAUAAGACGCCCAAGAAGGAAAAAGACCCAGGGAGUUUCACUUUGCCGGUGAAAAUUGGAAACAUGGAAGCUAGGGGUGCAUUGGCCGAUCUUGGAGCAAAUGUUAGUCUAAUCCCUUUAUCCAUUGCUCAAAAGCUCAAUAUUGAGAUGAUCCCUACAAGGAAGACAAUUCAAUUAGCCGACCGCUCGGUAAAAUUUCCUUGUGGCGAACUUGAGGAUGUUCCGAUUCAAGUGGGAUACAUCUAUGUGCCUUGUGACUUUGUAAUGAUGGACAUGGAGGAGGAUGUGGACACUCCCUUGAUCUUGGGUCGUGAAGCUCUUAAAACUUUGGAGGCGGUCAUAAAUUUCAAGAACAACACCAUCACAUGUGAAGUGGCCGAUAAGAAGAUUGUUUUUGAAUUUUCUAAGUUGCUCAAGACCCCCUGGUUGAAAAGUGCUAUAAAGUUGAUGUUGUGA